AUGGGUAAUAACGAAGAGAAAGAGGAUUUAAUGUCGGAAGCUGAGGCUGUCAUAAUGGCUAUAAAUGCUUCAGAUAAAGACCAGUUAGCGGAACUGAAGGAGGAUCCGGAGUUUUCGGAAAUAAUUAAGCAGCUACAAGAAGAUAGCAACGUAGACAAUUAUUUUCUGGAUGAAAAGGGCGGACUUGGCGAAAUGGCAUAG